AUGACGAACAAGCAGCAGCAGCACCAUCUAACUCUGGACCUGAGUGAGCAUGUGAAUAUCAGUAAGGCUGACUAUAAUGCCCAUGUCACCCAGAAAGAUGAAGUAAGGCAAGAGAAAUCCUGUGACAAAGAUUCUGCAAAUAAUGAGAAGUCAGUUUUGACAAUGGCCCUGCAAGCUGUGCUACUGUGUCCAAAGACCCAAGCCAGCAGCCUGUAUUACAAAACAAAACUGCAGGUCCAUAACUUUACACUCUUCAACUUGAAGUCAAAGGAAGGGUACUGCUACAUUUGGGAUGAAACAGACGAUUUUCUCCAAGUGACUCUGGGCUUUCCAGAGACUUUAAUAUUGGAACCUGGUGCUAAUGUCACCAUUUGGUGCCAGCAUAACCAGAUGGAACCAGCUUACAUAUACUGGUUCAAGCACACCAACCGUUCUGUGCCAGACCAACUUGACUGCCAAUUUUAUCAAAAAUAUUCUUCAACAAGCUCCUGUAAUUCUGUUAAUCAGAGUGAUCAAGUGGUGAUGUCUGUAAACUCUCAGAACACGUCUCUAACAAUAGCUGCAGUGAAUCACACUGAUUCAGGACUGUAUUACUGUGGCGUUUGGCAGAGCAACAGAAUUUCCUUCAGAAAUGCAAUACAUUUACAAGUGAGAGAGCAAGAUGAAACACUUUCCAAAAACAGCACUCAAGAUGUCUUCUUCAUGCUGACGGUGGUGUUUGUUGGUGUGAUUGUGAUUCUCGUCAGUGUUCUUCUAGUUAUGCUGAAGAGGAGAAAACACAGAGACACUGUCUCUAUUGUGGAAAAGGAGCAGGAUUCUAAUUAUGCUGAUCUACAAUUCUCUGAUAAGAAAAUCAAGAAAGCAGGAAGACGCACUGAAGUGGUGGAUCCUCAGGUUGUGUAUUCUUCAGUAAGACACUAGCAGUAUACUGUGAUAGAACAAAGUUAUACAUCAUUCCUUCAUUGUUUGGAACAGCUUUACAUACUUAAUUAUUUUAAGCAACAACAGCCAUAAAUGGUUUCAUAUUUGUACUUACUAGUUUUGACAAACACAUUAAGAGGACAGUGUCAGUGAGGACAGUUUAAGUAUUGUCAGGAAGUAUUUUUAUUUGCCCAGACAGACUAAUAAAUAUUUAAAUAUUU